AUGGCAACUGAGGCAAUGUUCUGUUCACGACCUUUGACUGUGCCUGCGCCACAUCCUCCUCCGCCAUUGGCUGUGCCACAGCCUCGAAUUCGCAUUGCCUCUGAUGACGGUACCUUUUACACUCCUAUCCCACGACAACGUGGAGCAACUUCUGAAUCCACAAAACCGAGUAGCUUUUGGACACUGGUGCUUUUGGUAUCCGGCAGUCUUGUCGACCUUGUCUCCUCCUUAACCCUAACGUUCCCCAUCUCAUUCUCCUACGUAGAUGCUCGUCUGAUCUGUCUUUUGGCAAGCUUCACUGCCGCCACUAAAACAGCAACAUCUCGAUAA